AUGUUGGCUGGGAUGCUCUCAGCAGCAGAUUCGAUUGGCCCGUGGCUCGUUUGCACCGGUCUUGACUUGUUCUUCUUGGGUGUAAUAUCUACCCAGAUUGUCCGCUACUUCGACAACUUUGGCAAAAGUGACCCUCGCUGGCUUCUGUCCUACGUCGCUGGGCUCGCCUCGAUAACAUGCGUUAAAUCAUGUUUUAAUUUCGCGUUGAUCUGGCGCAAAAUUGUCGUGCAGUUAGUUUUAUGGGAUGGCGUUCCAACUGUGGUGCCGCCAGACCUCGUGCUCGUCAAGCUGAUAGGUAUAAGUGCCAUUCUGAUCGUAUCCACGGUCUGCUACGUUCAAGGCUACUAUCUUUACCGACUGUACACAAUGUCUGGCAGGAAUCGCUAUCUAGUCGCCCCCAUUGCCCUUGUUCUCCUCUCGAGCUGGUGUUUAGCUAUGUACACUGUGCGUGCCCUCAAACUCGCUUCGCUUGGCUCAACAUAUUUGUCUACUAGGACAGCCUAUUACAUUUACUUUGCAAUGCUUGUCCUCGGCGACGUAACCCUCACACUUUCAACCAUCUUCUUCCUUCUGAGGCUCCGCCAAAACGCUCUUCCCAGCAGUGCCUGCCUUGUGAAUAAACUCAUAAUGCUCAUCUUCCAAAGCGCCCUUCCCGGAACGUCAGCCAUGGUUGUCAACUUUUCCGUCACCCUUGCAUUUUUGGAGACCUCGCAGGUCCCACCCGCCAGCAGCAUGAUUCUCUCCAAAUUAUGGGCAUUUUCCCUUAUGUGGACACUCAAUGCACGCUGUCAACACCGUGUCCAGCUCCAAUCUGUGUGCGAUACCGAAGGCGGUGCGCUAACGCCAACACUCUCCCGUGAAAACCGAAUCUCCGCGUCGCUACAAUUCAGAGCGCGGUCGGGUGCUCUGACUGAGUGCACGUGCCUGAAGAGCGAGUCGAUCGCAUAG